AGCAUCAGCUGGAAUGAGCGUGAAAAUUAUGAUAUGAACAUUGAACAGUUGUAUUCAACAGUUGGCGAAGUUGAAAGAUGUAGUUUAAAUUUAAAAACUUUUUACUGUUCAAAAAAGAUGCUUUCUCGUAGAAGUUGCAGUGUAUUUGUCUCACAGCCUUGCUGCUUCUCUGUAGCAGCAGCUAAUCCAUGUGCAUAAAAAGAAGCAUUACUAGAAAUAUAAGAACAUAACUAAUUUCAUUGUUGUCGUCCACAGCACAUCGCUUGUCAUUACUUGAUUAUGUAACGUUAACAUACUCAUACACGUAAGUUUAACCUCUAUGCAAUUCUACUAGAAGAGGAUGGCGAUGGAGUUCGUGAAUUCGUUUGCUGCUGAGAAGCAGACGCGGCGUGAGCUUGGUGAGGACAUCCAGUUGAUGGAUCCGUUAUCAAACUCACCGCCACGCAAUCAUAUGCAAUCCAAUCCAAAUACUGCUUCUUUCGACAACAUUGGAGGUGGAGGAUCAUUAGAUCAUACAUCUUCAGGGUCCUCAUCUUUUGGUCUGGAUGACUCGUUUGAUCUGUCGGUUGCAGCACCAUUCGCUUCACCUCCAGGCUUUCGCAGUGGUGGGAGCUCAUCUUCGACAACACGGCGCGCGCCCUUUAGCUCGUCACCGGGAACUACAGGGAGUGCGGCAGCGAGUGCACCACCCGUGGCGCCAAGUAGUGGGCUCGCUGGAGGAAGUAGGAGCUCGUAUGCAUCUGCAACGUCUGGUGCUGUGACCGGAGGAGUCGGAGCAGCAUCUUCUUCAUCUGGUAGUUGUAGUCCUUUUCGUAACAAGAGUAACAUUCGGAGUGGAGGAGCAAACAGUUUGUCUUCACCAGGCACAGCCUCCAAGCUGGAUUUAGGUUUGGGCAAUAAUUCAGGGGGCUCCUCGCCUGACAAGGAUAAGGGGAGGCUAUUUAGUAACGGCACAGACCUAUUUGAGUGGCAGGACGGUCUGUAUGGUUCCGCUGGCGGGACUGCAGGCCAAAGGGACGAGGAGGGCGGAACUGCGUAUGAGCACCCUUACUCAAAGAAGCCACUAAAGAGCCAGGAGCUCGGUCUAGAAGAACUAGUCCUAGGCUUUGGUGUGCGGGAUUUCGGGAGCAAACCACAACAGCGGAAGUUAGUCAAGCAUUGGUUGGCGUUUCAAGUCGUGGGAUGGAUAUUUCUAGUCUUGCUCUACUGGAACGAAACUUCAAACCAAGCUCAAUUUGACACGGAGCUGAUGAAGCACUGCACUCGCGACCCGGAGUCAGGCAUAUGUCUGGGACCAGAAUGGAAAAUGGUAGUCGAGUACUCAUUUCGCCUUAAUGAAAAAGAAGCAUGUCGUUGUCGAAAUGAAAAGUAGACCAUGAGAAUGAACUUCUGUAUGAAACAUAUCUUUAUCAAAAUUUUUUUACUUUGGUAUUGAGAUGGAGCUGAAGCGACACUUUCGUAGAAGAAGUAGAUUCUCAGAGACUCAUCGCUCUUACCUCGUCAUUCUGCUGAUUCCGAAACCAUUAUAGGUUCUUUACAAGGACGUAGAAAUGGGUUUCGAUACGAUGAACACGGACCAAAGUUUCGACUUUCAAACGACGUCGAGGCCUGCGACUGCAUUAGUGGUGAUAGAUCCCUACAACCAGGAGGACGUCAAAUCGCACUCGGGUCUAUUGUAUGUUGCUGGACUUUGAACUGUAUGCAAGUUGUGUCAUUCUUGUUGUAAGUAGUUUUAUCGUGACACAAGGUGAAGGUCUCCUGGCGUUUGAACAUUUCUUGAUCAUUUCUAAGUGUCAUUCUCCUCGUUUAGUUCUAGCGAGCUCGACUUUCCUUUCUUCUAGCGAGCACGACUUCCAGAGUUGCAGAUGAGCUGAUAAAGUAGAAUUUUUGCAGAAAGGAGAUGUUGGAGGUGUUGUUAUUUAGCUGAUCCUUAAGACACAUACACAUUAUAGACACAAUUACCGUAGCGUUAGAUAACCUGAUAACCUCUGUUUUCCUACUUACUUAGAAGUCUUUCUUCAUAUACGUUCGGCCGGUUCAGAAGCAGAUAGCACGCAGCUGGCACGAAAAGAGCUUGGUAGUUCAGACGUGUACUUCCCCCCGUCCACCAAGGCACAACCAGACGCACCCACUGCCACAGGAACGCACUACCGAGUGAGGAUCGAUCGCACAAAUCCGUCACACAGCGCCGGAUGCCCACCUGCUUUAUGGCAAGCAAGAGGUGAAAGAAAAACCGAAUAUUGUCUCCGCGGUUGUACAAAAUAAGUGAUAUAAACCACUCACUGUAGUGGAAGUAGCUGCUUGGAGGCCGCUUCAGUUCCGUACCGCGCUGAUCGUUUUCAUCGUGCUUCCCCUUUCAUUUUGUAAUCCGCUUUGUAAUGGGUCUGGAGGUUUCAUGAUGGUGCAGCAGCAAGGAGCACACGCUUUCGCCGUGGAAGAUUUUAGCGACGAAGCCCAGCAAGCAGGGACCGUCUCAUGGCGCGUGACUGUGUCUCACCGACAACCACGACGCGCCACGCGGUAUCGCGUCUACGUCCAGGACGUGACGAUGAACCCAGAACAUGUAAGAAAGUUGACCGCAGAUGCAAAAUGCAGUUUCGAGGGCGCCUGGAAAAAAUUCAAUGAAAAACAUCAGGGAAAAGACGAAGAUCGGCUUCUGAUGCGAUCCGAAUACGCUACCCACUUGGGCAUAAUGAUGUCCUUGGUCUUCAUGUUAUGGAGAAGAACGAAUAUUAUCAAGUAGAUGUAGUUGAUUCAAAUGAAUGUUGGUUUUCGUUCUUUUAUUACUGAUUCUUGUUAGGACUACAUCAAGCAGCUUACGAUCAUAAGAUCUGUGGGAGCUAUGAUCAUCAUAUUACUCUGCAAGAAGUCUCAACGCCUCUAAAAACUGCGAUAGUUUACCGCAUGCAUGAGACGCAAGAGCCGAACACAAAACAAUUGACGUACGUGCAGCUUGCAAAGUUUGUUUUUUGCGAUUUUCCAGUGCAAGUUUCCUUAGUCGGCUAUUUCUUGUCCUGGUAUGAUCGCGCGGGGAUGCGGUGUCAGCUCUGCUUGUUUGAUAUGGAAACGUGUCAAGCGGACUAUAUUUUUCAUGGCGUGAACGUUUUCGUAGUGGUUUUUAUUCUGCUCUCGGCAGUGCUUACCAGUCUUUUGUUGGUCAAAUAUCAUCGAGACAAGGAGAAAGUGUACACGGAUGACGAAAUUUGCUUGAUAAAAGCGCUGCAAAUGGCAGCGGUCUGUGUGGCAAUACUGCCGUUCACCACGGGGCUGCUUAUGGUAACCAUCAGGCACUACAUGCAGCUGUAAGCAUUCACUUACUUCUUGUAUUUCAAUUUCUUGAAUAUUAUCGUACUUAGGAUACUUUGCAACAACAUGUCACUGAUUAUCUCAGGUAAUUAUCUUCCUGCGUUGUGCGCACAUAUUGACAUUCUCUUGAUUCAGAUUUUGAUAAAAACUUCCAGGUAAACCGGGAUCAGUUGUUCUUUCCGAUAAUUUGGUAUAUGGUAGCGGGGAUCCCGUGUAUAAUCGGAUGGAUGGCCGUUUCGUUCUUGGUGUGCUACCCGUUUCUCUGCAUGAUGGAGGACGAUCACACGUAUCUAUAAUUAAUACACUUAUGAUCUUCAUCGCCACAAUGUCACUGCAUGCGUUAUUCUUAAGCUUGUUAACUUCUGCGCGGUUCUCUUGCUUUAGAGCUUAUAUAUUCACCGUUGAUUCUUUCGCUUGUUUCCACCGUCGAUGUUGCAUGUUAUUUCUUCGACCAAGUAGUGGUAGUGCAGUCAGUAUGGCACCUCUCUGUCGUUCAUCCCUGAUGUCCACCGAACAAUUAUGAUGACCGCCAGGUACUACUAAUGUCAGGUAUUCUGGCCGGCGGCGUUAUCAUGGCAGACUUACUCAACAUAACCGGGGCCGUCAGCCAAUCACGCGUGGGCAGAGACAGCAGUUCGUUUAUCGCUAGUCGGCAAACCUUCAAAAAGAUGCAAAUGCUUCAAAGAAGGCAAGGAGACACAACUCGAAGAGAAAGAUUAAGAGGAUGUCAUAAGGACUUCGACGCUACAAUUCUUAGGUCACAUAUUGAUCAAUUAUACUAAGUACUUCCUGUUUGUGUUUGUGAAUCAAGGAACAUCUUCAUUAAUUAUGGCUAUUGGACACGACAUUAAGAACAAGAACAUGCAACAAAAAGAAAUUUUUUGGGCUUGGUUCACUACAUGCAUUUUCAUGAUCAACAUCUACAGCUUCAUGAUCUAGAGGCUUUUUUUUACGUACUGAAGGAAGAGGAACCCGCUAGAGCCGCCACCUCUGCUUAUAACACCAAUAAUUGGACGAGCACGAGCAGAAAGAUAUCCGGACUCACUGACAGGAUAUGGAUUUUGAGUAUGUCCUGCUUAAUGGUAAAAGGAAGCGCGAUGACAGGGUAUUUGCGAAUGGUGAAACUUCCCUAUCGCUUACAACGGCCUUGCACUGAAAAGAUUUUUGCGCUUGUUUGUUUUUUUCUGCGUGAGAAGAUGAGCUCUGACCUAGGAAUGCUUGUUGAAGAGUUGGAGUUGGUCUAUCUCCAUCACCGUUUAUUCAAUACUUUUGCUAACACAAGAAACAACAAAAUGAAGGCGAAAGAAAGCCGUUGAGUGCAUCGUGCCGUCUAUCUUUUUUGAAGUAAAAGGAAGCAGCCACGAGUGCUUCACUAUUUUUUCUUCCAUGUUGUAAUUCAACUCGGUCAAAUUUUCUAUGAUUCUUAUUUUUUUAGUUGGUUCAUCUUCAUCUCUCUCAUGUGUAAUGCGUAGCCUGGC